AUUAGGUAUGUAUUGCAGUUCAGACGAGAAACUGAUGAAGAAAUACGUAAACGUAAAGAAGAAGCAAGGAAAGAAAUUAUUCCUGUUACUGAAGAAGAGUUAGAAUUUGAUCCUGUACCAUUCUAUGAUGGUGAAGAAUUAGGUUUUCCAGUUAGACCAAAAUGGAGUCCUGAUAUGACUAGAGAAGAGUUAGAUAAUAGGGAGUAUAGAUAUUUCAAAAAUUACUUGUUGUCAUUAAAACAAAGAAGUGACUGGGAUCAAUUGAGUUAUUUUGAGUUGAAUCUUGAAACAUGGAGGCAAAUGUGGCGUGUGAUGGAAAUGUCUGACAUCCUUGUAUGGAUUGCUGAUGCACGAUAUCCAGCCAUUCCACCUUAUUUAUUUACAUAUGUGUUGAGGACAUUAAAAAAAAGUUUAAUCAUCAUAUUGAAUAAGGUCGAUCUAGUUCCAUCACCAGUAGCAUUAGCCUGGAAACACAAAUUAGUAGAAACAUAUAAUUUAGAUAAUGAUCAUGAUGCUAAUGUACAUGUUUUAUUUUUUACGUCAUACAUAAAAAGCUCAGAAUUUAAAGAAGGAAUACAAAAGAAAAAACCAAGGGGAAAAUUGAAAAUGGCUGCAGAUGCUGCUGAAUUGCUAAUGAAGGAAUGCAAAUACAUUGUUGAAAAAUAUCAAGCCAAUAGUAAGUAGUAUAAAUUACAUAUUC